AUGUCCUUGUCUUGCACAGUCAAGGAGGAAGGUGCCGCUGCUCAAGGUGCAGGCAUCCUUCCAUCGCUGCCACCAGGCUUCAUCCUCACUGUGCCCGAGGCUCUGAAAGAAGAGGCACACGACACCUGCCCAAAGACCCUGGCUGUCUCCCCUGAAUGUGCUACCACCUCCGGGAAUGUUGAGGACCCUGGAGAGGGCACCUGCAACCCAGGCUUGGAAGGCGCAGCAGCGUCCUCCUGUGCCCCUAACCUGAGGCUGCGUUAUUCACUCCGUCUAGCAAAUAGAAAAAGGAAGCUGCAGGUCCCAGAGUUUGAGGAAGGGCGGCAAGAACUUCAACCUUCAGCUGGCUCAAAGGCUAUUAACCCCACCAGCACCACUGAGAAGGGUGUGGGCAAGGAAGCGGGACAGCUGACAAGCAUGGCUUUCCCACAGAAGCCGUGUCCCAUUGAGAGAGGAAUGAUGGUCUGGUUUAAAUUUCAAAACCACCCAUUUUGGCCAGCCGUGGUAAAGAGUGUCAGCCCAACCGAGCAGCCUGCCAGGGUGCUUUUGAUUGAGGCCAACAUACACUGUGAAAGGAGCAGCAUUCGAGUUCCUCUUUGAAGUUUGAAGCAUCUGGAUUGUAAAGGGAAAGAAAAGCUAAUGAAGAGAGCCAGGAAAGUGUACGGGCAAAGUGUGAACUGGUGUUUCUCACUGAUUUCCCACUACAGAGAAGGACUCGUUCGCGGGUCUUUUGCAGGCUCUUUCCUGGACUAUUACACUGCUGACAUCAGUUACCCAAUGAGGAAAGCCGUCCAAGAGGGGGAUCUGCAGAUUGAGUUCCCAAAGGUGAAUUAUGCCGACCUGGAAGAUUCUGAGGAGGAGACCUCCGUGGGUGGGAAGAGGCCCUAAAAGAAAAUCCUCUCUGACUGGAUGAGGGCCACUCGGGACCAAGCCAACCAGAAGCUAGUGGAAUUCAUCAUGAAAAGAAAGGGGGCUGACCCCCAUCUUCUGGACAUUGUCAAAGGCAGGAAACAGUCCAGGUGGUUGGCAUCAUUUCUGAAUUCACACAGGUAUGUGAUCUGUGUUGAAACACACCUGGAGGACGAAGAUCAGUUGGAUGCAGUGGUAAGACAUUUACAAGAAAUCUACACAGACAAGAAAGUGCUGGCUCUGACGAGAGAUGACAAAGUGAGUUUUGUUCUGGAAGUUCUGCCAGAAGCAAUCAUUUGUUCAGUUGCUGCACUGGAUGGAUUAAAGAACAAAGAGGCAGAAGCCAAGUACCUGCAAGGGCCACCUGUGCAUUACCGGGAAAAAGAACUGUUUGAUAAAAAUAUAUUAAAGGAAAUGAGAAAGAGAUCAGCAAGGAGAGGCAGAGCUAAGUAA